GCUGUGGGACCGCCAGCCCGUCAUCGCGGCGCGCCGGUGAGGCGGGGCUGGGCGGGCGGCAUGGCGGCGGUGCGGGGCGGCGCGGAGCGGUACUUUACGCGCUGGUACAAGCCAGACGUGAAGGGGCGGCCGUGCGAGGACUUCUGCGUGCUGCAGCACUCCAACAGAAUCUGUGUCAUCACCUUAGCAGAAGCCCAUCCUCUUCUUCAAACAGGAAAAACAAUUACAAGCAUUAAUUACCAAAUCAGUGCCAACUGUAGCAGACUCCAAAAUAAGGUCUCUGGGAAGUCAAAAAGGGGAGCUCAGUUUUUAACAGAACUUGCCCCUCUGUGCAGAAUAUCUUCAUCAGAUGGAGAGGAAUACACCAUUUAUAGUUGUAUACGAGGGCGUCUGAUAGAAGUGAAUGAAAACAUUCUUAGCAAUCCAGCUAUUCUGCAAGAAAAGCCAUCAACCGAGGGAUACAUUGCUGUAGUUCUGCCCAAAUUUGAAGAAAGCAAGAGUAUAACUCAAGGACUUCUGACGCAAAAGGAGUAUGAGGAAGUUUUGCUGAAACGUCUUAAUUCUUCUUCAUGAAAUUAAUUAUCCAGGUAUCAUCUGUAUUUGAUACUAAGCUACUUUUGUGCACUGUAACUGUCAUGGUAUUGAAAGGCCUAGUGCCUGUUUUUUAAAGUGGAACUCCAAAACACUUGUUUCAUAGAAGAAUAAAACUGUUCAAAUAGCUUGUAUAUUAAAAUUUGCUUUCUCUUUUUUUCUCUUGAUUCUAGCACUGCAAGUUUUAAAAUAAGCACAGAAUGGUAUGUGGAGAGUAUUUAUGUUCCACAGGCAGCUUUGCUUCUGCUCAGUGCAAGCAUAACACAUACAGAAAAAUCAUAUGAUUUAACUAUCACUUGAUUUAGCUAAACUGGUACAAUGUGGAGUUUGACAAAGGUGAAUUGAAAAUAAAAAUGCAACAGAAGCCUAUGUACAAAGAGCAGAUAAACUUGAAAAUACGUAUUUCACACCAGGUUCUAUUUUCAUAGAAGUUGAGUAAUGCCCUUUGUACAGAAGUUUGUCAUAAUCAGUAUCUAUUCUCUUAAAUUUUAAAUGGUAUAAUGUAAUGUCUACAUAAUACUUAGGUGGUUCUACAUGCAAUUCAAAUUCUGCUCAGUAAGUUUUAAUAAAAAAAAGUAAGCAACAGCUGCCGUCUACAAAUAAGAUAGUAAAAGAAAAAGGGUUUGAAUCAAGAGUAUUAAUCACUUAGAAAUAGACUUUUGGAAAUAUGAAUAAUGUCAACAAGAUUGAAAUUCAGUGGUGCAGCUACUGAAAGAGGGUUGGUUUUUUUUUUCCUAGAACUACUUCACUGCAGGUAUAACUCGUAACUAAGGCAACAUUUCAGUGCUUCAGGCCGCAGCCUUUCAGACUAUAUUCCUGAUUCUGCUUUAUCAAAUACAUAGACUGAAAUAGGCCAGAGAUGAGUUUACAGACUUCAGCAGUAGUGUUACAUAUAGCAUAUGCAGCACAAGGGUCUUGAUAUAAAAUGUCUAUUAGCAGCAUCUUUGGGUUGAAACAUCCAUUAAGACAUUCAUAAGCAUUAAUUACAAACCUGGUAUCAAUAGUGAGCAUAGGAAAGGCAUUCACAUUAUAAAAAUACAUAACGAUUAGACUAGUUGGUGUUGUAAUUGCUAAGUAAUGGGACAUCUAUUAGAUGUGACAAAGGUCAACAGUUUUAAUUCAAAUUAACCUGGUUUGACUUUCCACAAAUGAAAGCAAUAUUGAGAAUUCAGCAAGUGUUAUUUUCAAAUGGGAGUUCCUGCAUUUCUAAGUGCUAUAAUUACUUGCUCUCUAAAAACGUCAUGUUUGUUACAUGAUUUUCUAAAGAUUUGAUGCCAAAUGUCUCAGCUCUCCUUUCUGGAGUAUGUACAUUUGUACCAGUUCGUAUUCUGUCUUCUCUCCACGGUGGAGCAGGUUUAAGACAGCCAUUUCCUGCUUUAUUCUGUAUUAAAAAAAAAAGAUUUCUUAAAACCAAACAAAAGAACCCCUAACAAAAACCUUCCCCCAAAAAAACUUUAAAAUACUGCAGAUGAACCAAGUACUCACCUUUCUCAGUAACUUGCAGCAAAGUGGAAGAAGCUGACAUAACAGAGUCAUCACGUUCCUUGUUUUCAGGAUGCAUGCAUCAACCUAAACAAGGCAAUUAGAGUAAGACCACUGAUUACUUUUAUUAGGCAAUUGUUUAAUACAUGAGAUGAUAAUCGAUUUUAAGCUUGAAUAGGUAAUAUUUUUCCUUCAUAAAUCCCUUCUAAUCAAAAGGUUUUGCCUAGCUUUUUUAAAUUUCUCUAUAUAGUACAUAUAAAGCAACAGCAUCCCUUCUGUUAACCCAAGACUUGAGCUAGGAAGCAGAAGGGAAUGACACACAUCCCAGGAGAAGGAACUAAUAAUAAUAUAAACAGUAAUAUAAGUGUCUUGGAAAGGAGCUCUUACCAUCUAAAUACGACUCAUAAUUCUUCCUUUUGUUUUAUGUCCUGUUAGCAUGAUUUAGAAAGCCAUGCAUCCUGUAAGCUUUACCUCAAUAUGAGUUACACUAAAAAGUUAGCUAAAUCUGAAAGCAUUUGAGUUUAUGCCUCAAAUCUAACACUCAGUGCAGGUCACAAGUCUGGGCCCCUCCAGAAACAUUAAUUUGAUAAGCUAUUACCACUAUGUAGUGAUAGAUCACUCUAUAAACAGAUUGGAGUUCCCAUUUAGUUUAGCUAGAGAGCGUAAAACAAACCAGGCAGUAGCCCUGAGGUGCUCGGUUUGGCUUUGAGAGGCUUGGAUGGUCUAGGCAGUUCCAGUCCCUGCUGUAAAACCGAAACCUCGUGUCCAUAGCUCAUUGGAAACCAAUGUCCAGUGCACAGAACUGGCCUUGCUCACGUUGAUCACGUUGCUUCUCAGGGACACUUGAAGUUCUUCAAAAAGCCUGACCUCUAUUCCCCACUAAAGUUUGCAGAUCUACUUACGGUGGUAACAAUGCUGAAACUUCUACAGCAGCUGUCUAGAUUGUUACUUAAAGCAAAUAAGAAUAAUAUCAGAAUAAACUCUGGGCAGUCUAGGGUAGACUCUACCUACUGAGCAGCAAGCAGGUAUUUCAGUAACAGUCUUUGGGAUUUGGAACUUGUUACGUUUAUGUUAAACAUCAAAGAAUAGAAUAACAAUAAUUGUUACAGUGGUGGAAAUACAAAUUACCUUUAUUAAUAUUUUGAUCACUGAAGUCCUUUCUUAGUGAGGUAUGCUUAAUUACAGUUCAUAUUUCUCUGAAUGAAGUCCUAGUGGACUACAGCAUUACUACUGUAAUCUAGGGGAUUACAGUAUUAUAUACAACAUUACUCCAUCUCGUAUUAUUCAGCUGAGAAUUCUCAGUAGCAGCACGAUAAAAUUCCAGUAACUCUCUUUAUCUAGUGGGUAAAUUGAGGGAGAUGUUGACCAAAGUUCUUUGAAAAAGGUUCUCAGCAGUAAAAAGCAAUAUUAAGUAUUGGAAGCCUAUGGGCACCUUUCCACCUUUUUUUCUUUUUUUAGAGCAGUCCAAAACCAUCAUUGUCUUGGGAAACAUUUCUGUAAACUCUUUCACUAACAGUGAAAUCCAAAACCCAAAUGAUAAUUUCAGUAUUUGUAGUAAGAGGAAGGAAAAAAAAUCCCAUUACUUAUUUUAGUGAUUCUUAACCUGUACUGUUGAUAAGCUAGGGGUAGGGAAGCUGUUCCUUAAAACAUCAAUAUCAGUGAUAUGUCUGUGGCCACUGGGCCAGUUACACUAAACUUGGAUAUCUGUGCUCCCUAAAGAAAACAUUCAUAUAAGCCUGUAGAGUAAUACUUCCCAAGCUAUCCACUGCCAGGCUUCCAGGUGUGCUGGGUGCCAGGGUACCGUCUUUUGCCUCCUGUCAAACUCUCAGCAUGAACGAGGGGGUCAGGUCAGGAUAAACUUCACUGAAGCCCUCUCUGCUGGGGGUGGGUGGGGGGGAGAAGGCUAGAACACAGUAGCACCCGUGCUGAAGAACAUCCCUUCUGGGCACAAGACAGUGCAGUAAAUGGCUUGGUUACAGUUAUCAGUGAGGGAUGACCCAAUAGACAAAACAUUUUCAGCAAGAAGAACUGUUCUUGCUGUUCUUCCUCUAUGCUUUGCACAUCAGCUUCUCAAAAUACGUUAAGUGCUAAAAUGUACUUCCAAGUUGAAGUAAAUUCCUCUUCUACAUGAGGAACAGCAACAAUGACAUACUGCAUAGCAGAAAAAUGCUUGCAUAACAGUGUAAAAUUUUGUACUUUAAUUAAUUUUUAUGGUCCUCUGUCAAUCUAAGUUCAGCUGUCAUGAACUGUUUCAUAUUUUAACAGGAGCAUAAAUUAGUAAGUUACUAUAUUUCAAAAUGAGUUAGGUCAUACUUUCAGGAAUAUAUAUAACUUUUACCUUACCUUGGUAAAUGUCGCACUUUUACCCUGAACAGAAGCUUUAGCUGUUAUCUGGAGCUGCUUGCACAUAGAGAUCAGUUUUUCAGCCUCCAACAGAAGCAAAGGUUUGUCAUCAUCGUGUACCUAAAAAGCGUUGCAUGAAGACAAAACCAGUCUUUGUUAAAGGCUCUGAUAUUAAGUUAAUGGAGAAGGUAACACAACCAGCUUUUAAGCAGCGUCACUAGUGUCAUAAGCUGAAUGGCUGUUUUAGAGGUCAUACAUCACCUGAUGAGAAAAGGCAUGAAGAGCUGAAGCAAGCUUUGUGCCCUCUGUAGCAAAAAUCUGAAGGGGAGAGAAAACAUGUAACAAAAUGAACUGCAAUGAAAGAUGAGGCUUUUUCUCCUUGUUGUUUUAAUAAAUAGUGUACUAUAAGCAGGAAAUAUUUGCGAUAGUUGUAUACAUUUAUAAUUAACAACUCAGCAGUUCGGAGUGACUUCUGAAAUAAAAGGCUACUGACUUGAGCUAAGUGACACAAUGAGUACUACUAAUGCAUUGAAGUCCACUGUAUUUGCUGUAAUGCCUGUCUGCCAUUCCUACUCCUAACUGGAAUCUGUCAGUUUAGUGAAUGCUAUCUGAAGCUACUGCUGAAACACUGAAAUGUUAGCUUUCAGAAAGUAUGUACCAGAGUUAGGCUGCUUAAAAACUACAGUUGCCAAGUCAUGGUACAGUGUACUUAUGUGUAAGGAACCAGACAGUUAAGUUCCAAUUUGUUCUUCACUCGGAGUUCCUAUUUUGUUAAAAAUGUAUUACCUCUGCUUGAUGAAAUAAAUCUUGAGUAGUUUUCA